CUUGGGAACCUUACGAAACACUUCGGCAACGCUCCUAGGGUAUCGUCCACUGAUGGGGGUUGCGAGCACUUGAAGGUCAAACUGUCGCAAAAUGAUUGGUGCGUCACAUCGACAAUUCGUGAAAAUUUUCAGAAGCGGUCAAAUCAAGACAUUUUUAGAUUUGAGUUGAGUUCAGCCACACUAUGUCUGAUAACGUUCAUUCUUCAAGUAACGAAGACGAUUCCAUCGUGAUGAUGCAUGAUAUAGGACGAAUCUUCAAUGAUAUUAUGUUUUCUCGAAGAUUUACAAGUUGGGACAAUUUUGAGACCUGUUUGAAAGAAGUACAUAAGUAUACGCAUACUAAGUACGUUAUGUCAGUAUGCAAAAAGAACAGUGAUGAUCCAACUCUAAAGUACUUUUUCGUGAGAUAUGUCUGUACAUAUGGACGUAAACGCAGUUCGUCAGAGUCAGAUGCUUGCGUUCAGGAUGUAGAUGAUGAUAGUAAUAAUCAUUCUUCUGAAGAGCAUACAACUUCUAACUCGCCAACACAACCUAGGCAAAGGAGACGACGUCGGUCAUCUACGUAUGCCUUACUUCAAAUGAAUUUAUCCUUCAGGUCGAAAUAUUGCCACUGUAAAUCAGGAUUUUGGGUCCGGGCACUGAAUGGUGAGUUGAAACUCACCUCUAUUAAAACCGUGCACAACCAUCCUUGCACAGAAGGAUAUAUUUCUGUCGAUCCAUCGAAACGACAGUUGACCUCAAGUGAACGCUUGUAUUUAAGAACGUUUCUACUGAGUAAUACACCAACUCGUAGCUUACGGUAUCUGGUUUCUUUGAAGUUCAAUAAACAACUUACCAAGGACGAUAUCGCCAGAAUGCGUUCACAGUUGUACCCAGACACUAAAAAUAUCAAUAACAUUUUACAGCGCAUUCAAGGUAAUACUGAAGUUAAAGUAUUCUAUGAAAAUGGGAACAUGUCUAUGAUUUGCUUCAGCCGCAGAGAGCAAAUAGCUGUUUACCACGCGUUCCCGGAAGUAAUAUGUAUUGAUUCGACUUAUCAGACCAAUAAAGUCGGCUUUCCACUGUUCCAGCUAGUGGUCACUGAUAGUCUUGGGCAAGGGCACACUGUUAUGUAUGCUCUUUGCAGUCAAGAACGACGCGAAGAUAUAGAAAAACUAUUGGAAUGUUUUAAAGAGAUAAUGUGCGGUACUUAUGCUACACGCACGUUCAUUAUGGAUUCGGCAGCGACCGAAAUUUCGGCUGUGCAGUCUACGCACAGUCAUUCUAACAUAAUACUUUGUUCAUUCCAUGUCCUAAGAGCGUUUUUCAGGAAGUUCCGAAAUCCUGAUGUGCGCAAAUGCUUGGAACAGCUUGUGAAGACUAGACGGUCUGAUAUAUUUACUCGAAAGUACGAACAUCUAAGAACGCAUUUUCCACGGGCGUAUGAUUACAUAAAAGAUUACUGGAUUGCCAGGAAGUCAAUGUGGGCUCGCUGUUACCGGCGACAUGUAUUAAGCCUGGGCAACCACACAAACAACCGUGUCGAAAGUGCUCAUAAACACCUAAAAGAAUGUCUCAGAAGAGGUAAUUCCCUAUUAUUGACGUUCUGGAAAAUUUGGAGUAAAACAGACAUUGAUCUACGUUUGCGUCCUUAUGACGCUGUGAAGGAUCUUCAACGUUUUCCUAUUCUUCCGGUUCCAAUGUCAUUUCGAACUCUUCUAAAUGAGUUCACAUCUUUUGCAGCUAAAAUUGUAAGUGUAAAUUAUAAACGUGGUCAUAUUUUGUAUGCACAUUCUAAAGAUCUGAUUCGCGGAGGUAUGUGUGUUCCUUUAUCUCUAUAAGUUUUGUAGACUUAUUUCGACAUAGCAACCGGUGGACAAGAAAAUACAUAAUGGACCUGGUUCUUCGUGCGCUGGACAACAUCUCAAUCUCUACAGGGAGUGAUGAUCUGCUAGAGAAGUUCACUAGCAACUACCACUCAAUCCAUGCUCUUAGUGAACCUAUGGCAAGUAAACUCAUCCGUUCAUGCCUCGAAGCAUCGGAAGACAUAUGUGCACAGUUGAUGAGUUCAGUCGGUGCUAAUGAUGAAGCUACAACGUCAGAAUCCAUUGUUAAUGCAGACCAUAGCUAUGCUUCUUGCUAACAAGAAGUUCUAAUAUUGUAAUCUUUUUAGUUUUACAUAAAUUCAUUUAUAUGGC